AUGAAAGAAUCUAUUUUUAAUAAUUAUGUUUUGAUUUAUCAUUAUGGAAUUAUCAAAAAAAUUAAUCAGAUAUAUCAAAAGCUUUUGAUUGAUGGUCCUAUAUUUUAGACAGAUUAAUCAAUAUUAAAUAAGGGUUUAGAUAAAAUUAUCAACUACUUUUAAGAAAAACUAUAAUAAUAAGAAUUGAUUAAACAUACAAAAAUAUUGCAAAAUUUAUAAAAAAUUGAAUUUAGUGUAUCUAAUGUUGAAAAGUCAAUAGUUGAAGAAUAUCAAAUAUUGGAUUAAUCAUUAUAAUAGAUUAAACUAAUAGGAAUUGAUUUUAUUCAUAACUCAAUAUAUGGUAAUAAAAAUAUAAUAGAAUAUAAAAAAUAAUAAACUAAACCUUUAAAUAUCUUUAAUCUAAUACAGAAUUAGGAUGACUUAAAAUAAUAUCAUUAAAAUUGA